UGUCGUAAAACGUCCUGGGCUCUGUGCUCCGGCGUGAAAGUACAGAAUUCCAGCGUGAGUGCUUCAGCUGAUCGCAUUGGAUAUUUUCAACACCGCAACCGAGCUAAUGUUAGCUGCCCCGAUCGGAACACUGGGAGUGAGCGGGGGAAUCUAGCGGACUUCCGACGGAGGCUAUGCUAUUAUGCAGCUCAAAAAUGUACCCGAAUAAUCGGAUGACAGCGCUACGACCUAUCAAAGGAAAACUUUCGAGUUCGGCGUACACGGCGGGCUUGCAAUAAGGGGGUCGUGCGGCUAACGGGGUCCCGAAGGCCGGUGUGAACCGAUGAACUGCGGCUGGCAUGACUCGCAUCCCGCUGUCGCACACGCAGCCGAAUUGCAUCGAUUGAAAGCCAUUAAGACUGCGUCGAUUGCGAACUCUGGCUGUCUGUCUGCAAGCUCGGGUCAACCGAUGAAUAUGGUCCGAGGCGCAGCGACUCGUUCGUGAGGCGUGUAUGGGUCCUGCGUACUCGAAUUCCACACUUCCUCACAGCGAGACCUGAAUCUGUGCUGGUCUAGGGUGCAGUGCGGUGGUCCAUAUAUUUGCCUAGUUUGACUGUCACGCUCUCUUUAUGUAUGGAUGGACGUGUGCAUGCUUUGACAGAGAACUGCGUGCAUCGUUGCAGUUGGCACAGCGCAUCCCAAGGAGGGUCUGUUAUUCUAGGAACUACACACUGGAUCUAUCGAAGCGUUUAAUUCGCAGAGGCUCCGGUUGUCUCCCUAAGAACAUUGCGUAAGGCUGCAGCGUACGCUACGUCUUUUUGAAGGCAUUCUGGUGACAUUGCAGUCUCUCCCCUCCCUCUCUCUCUCGCUCUCUCUUUUGAGAGAUAUAAAACGUAAGCUCCUCUCAGUUAUUACGUCUGUCAAAAGAAAGGGAAGGUGGAGCAUUGUCCGUCUUACGUGCUGACGCAGUGGGAUUUCUACGUGUGGUCGGCGUUUCGCCCCGCCCUUCCCGCGGUGACGGUGAUGGGUCGGAAGCGGUGUGUCGGUGCAGAUUGUUCGAAGAUGGCGGCCGGGUGCUGCGGGGUGAAGAAGCAGAAGUUGUCGGGAUCCCCUGGGGCGGGGGGUCCCGGCGGGGCGGGGAGCGGGUUAGCCGGGACCGGACAUUGUGGAUCGGAUUUAGGGAUCGGGUCGUCGUCGACUGUUGUGACUGGGAACCUGAAUCGGGUGAACGGCCUGGGGGGUCCGGGGGGUAGUAGUAGUAGCAGCGGCGGCAGCAGCAACACCAAUGCUCUGUCCCCAACUCCAGGAGGCUAUAACUCAACUGGCCUCUCCCCAAACCUCAGUCCCGGGCUUGGCUCGGGAAGCGGAGCCAGGAAAAUGGUCGUUUCGGCGGAGAUGUGUUGCUUCUGCUUCGACGUGCUUUAUUGCCAUCUAUAUGGAUACCAGCCUCCUCGAACACCCAGGUUUACAAACGACCCCUACCCACUGUUUGUCACUUGGAAAAUCGGACGGGACAAGCGGUUGAGGGGUUGUAUAGGUACAUUUUCUGCCAUGAACCUGCACUCAGGACUCAGGGAGUACACCCUUACCAGUGCCCUUAAAGACAGCCGCUUUCCCCCCAUGACGAGGGACGAGCUGCCGCGCCUCUUCUGCUCAGUGUCUCUGCUCACCAACUUCGAGGAUGUUGGUGAUUAUCUAGACUGGGAGGUGGGUGUUCACGGCAUUAGGAUAGAAUUUUUUAAUGAAAAAGGAUCAAAGCGCACCGCCACCUACCUGCCAGAGGUUGCGAAGGAGCAAGGAUGGGACCACAUUCAAACCAUAGAUUCCUUACUUCGAAAGGGAGGUUACAAAGCUCCUAUCACAAAUGACUUCAGGAAGACUAUAAAGUUGACCAGGUACCGUAGUGAAAAGAUGACAAUGAGCUACGCAGAAUACAUCGCCCAUCGCCAGCAUCAUCACUACCAGAACGGCAUCGGGCACCCUCUCCCACCGUACAACCAUUAUUCCUGACAGCGAGCCGCAUGACCAGUCACUGGACCUCUCCGCGGACCUCUUCCCAGGAGAGCCCGCCCCCUCGUGGUCUAGCUAUCUGUACUACUGUACCAUUUUAUGAUGAUAGUUUCCGUUGCCAUGUCGACAGUCAGAUGGCGGCAUGGCAGCGGGGUGGCAAAUAAGCAUUAAGUGAUUUUGAAGCGAAAAAAUACAAUUCAUUUGAUUUUCUCAUUUUUAUUUGUUGUAUUAAUUUAGUUUUUUGCAGCAUAUAUAUAAACAUAUAUAACCCCUUGAUUUUUUUUUUAAAUAAGCAAAUAAACAAGUACUAAGUUGUUUUUUCAACAAAUUUUCUAAUCAGGUUUUUGAGUCUGUGGAUGGAAAUAAGUCAUAAUGAGGAUGGGCUAGUCUUGAUGAUAGGAUUUUAUUCCAAUUUUAUGUACUCGACGCUUUAGUAACUUGGUUUAUUGCUCUUUUUGCUUUUCUCAUUUCGCUUUAGUUUGACGUUGUGUUACAUAUGCGACCACAGGGUUCGAGGGAUUCUCUUUCCUCUCUGUGCGAUCUCUCUGACAAUUUUCCUUCGUGGGGGUGAUUUCCGUAUUCUCUUUUGUUUUUAUCGUGAAGUGUUACGUUGUGGCUUGUAAGGUGGGUCCAGUGCGACUAAGUUAGCCAAUAAGGAGCUAGAAAAGUCAGUCACGUGUUUGCUUCUUUUGUAUCGUGUGCACAAACUUGUCAGAAGUUCAAAACCACUAGAUGAAAUUAGCUAUCGGGUGCGCCAAAAUAUUUUCCCAUAAUGGAUAGCAGAAUUUAAUUAAACUCAAAUUAACAGUAAAUAAGAAAAAUUGUGUAGUGUUGCCAUCUUAAAAAAAACCCAACACCUAUAAAUCCAGUAGUGUUUAUUUUAACGUGUGCUUUAUUAGAUGUUUCUAGUGUUACAUGUACAGGUCUUUGUAUCAGAGUUAAACCGGACAGUUGCUAACAAACUCCACAGUCUGUUGGGCUAGCGAGGUUUGUGACCACAAAGGUGGUCUCAGUUGUCCCAUGUGAGCUAUUUCGUAUCUUCUUUUAUCACACAGAGAGGAAAACCUUCGUAAGAGAUUAAGUCAAAUGACAGGGACGAGGUAAAAAAAAAGCCAUACUCUCUUUUAAUGCAUGCAGAAUGUGCCCGUGAAUGGCUGUUUUUAAUUCAUUUUGCCCCUGGUCUGUUUACCUGGCACUGCAAUCUUCAUUCUACUCUCAGCCGGACUCUUUGGAAAGCUUCAUUUGUUGAUUUUCUUUUGAAUGAUCUGAUCCUGUGGAGGAAUCAGACCCGUGCUGUGUGUUCGACAUUAGCUCAGCACGUCACCUCAUCAUGCAUGAAAAGAACAAUGUUUACAUCUCCAUAGGAACGCCACAAGCUUUAAGGGAUAUAAAUAUAAAUUCUGUCACUUAAAACCUGUAAAUGACUCAUCUGUACAACAAAAGAAGAUAUUGUGAUAAAUAUUGGCACAGUGGUUUUGUGUCCAUUCAAUGAGGACCAAAUUGUUGACAACAGAUUUCAAAAUAUCUUCUUUUGUGUUCUGCAGCAAAGUCACACAGGUUUAAAAUGACAUGAGGUUGAAUAAUAAUUACAUCAUUUUUACUAUCCCUGUAAGUGGUUGUUAUAAUCUAGCUGAUGGCUAAUGCAAAUACACCCGCUAUGGUGACUCAUCUUUUUAAGAUCUUAUGGUGAAGCUUCUUUAAAACAUCUAGUUCAUGCCCCACCAGCUGUUUCAUUGGAAGAAAAUUUCUCAUGGCUCACAAUAUUUCCAUCAAACUGGAUUGAGAUUUCAAGGGGUUGCUUACCUUAAGUACAGCUGUUACAAGAAUGUUUUUCCAUGCUGUAGACCGAACUGUAGAUACAGUGGACUAGCUUCAAAGGAGAGAAAUAAGAAAGUCUCUUGACAUCCGAGAACUAUUUACGUCUUUGUUUUCAUAUGCAAACUGUUAAGGGCUUUCGGGGUUCCAUCCACAGUCAUUGUCUAGGUCCCUAUAAUCGAUAAAAAAAACCUGAUUUCAGUUGUGUUGCCUUAAUACUACACGGACCAGGAAAUGUCGCCCCGAGGGUUAAACCGUUAGCUUUGUUUUUCUGCGAGACCGAUUCGUUUUGGCAGUGUGACACUGUUGCGGCUUUAAACAACAACUUCAGCCAAUGUGUGUGGAGAUGUGGGACACCUGUUUCCAAACCACAGUGAUGUUUUUAUUUUUCGUUUUACUUCAAGCGAAGCCCUCCACUGCCCUGUUCUGACUGUUUUUGAUGUGUUUCUCUAAAUCCCAUCAACCACUAAGUUAUGAAAAGCGCAGUUUGUUGCGUCUAGUUUUGGUAAUCACCCUUUAACUUACCGCCACUUUACAGCCCCAUGGUUUUCAUCAUCCUACGGUUGACCAAUCAGGGCUCAUUUGGUGGUCCACUUAAAAAAACUGAACAGCACAAACUGAGUCAUUUUGUUCUGCUGCAAAACCAACUAAAAUCCUUGCAUUUGUGAGAAAAAUAAUGUAUACACAUUUUGCAAUACAUGUGUUGCAUGAAUAGCGGGUCUCCUGUUAAAACACGGCAUGCUUGUUUCACUGCUAUAUAGAUGUAUGAGAAAAGACAAUAUAAAAUGGUGCUAUCGGACCUCGUGUCGGGGGUGGUCGCAGUGAAGGCGACUGGUCAUGCGGACUCAUUGUUCAUAUCAGACUUUAUUAUUAUCCUCGAUAUAUGCAGAUCUGUUUUACAGGUGUUUCUUUUUUUCCUACCAGUGUAACAAUCUCCUGCAGGUUUGAAAGGACAUGUAGUCAGGAGUCUGACCCCCCCAAACUUCCCUCAUGGCCUGGGGGAUACGGGCAUAUGCGUAUCAUCUCAUCUCUUGUAGAUCUGUACUAUAUACCCAGAGUUUUUCUCGGCGUCCGUGUACAUUGCCAUUUUGACCGCAUCUGGUUUAACCAACCGGAAAUGUUAAUUCACGAGGCGAGGGAAGUUGUUGCCUAAGCACGACCAGUCGUUCGGUUUGUUGGACGGACGGACGGACGAACGAACGCGUGUCGCUUAUCUAGAAGUGAUGUCAGACUCGUUGGCGCGCUUCUGGUCAAGUCGGAAUCUUAUCAGAUUGUGAAGACUACAGUUUGAGUGUUUGAAUAGGAAUAUUUAAUGAUUCUCAUAGUCCACUUUAAAAACGUACUUUGCAGGUUUUUUUAGAUUCUCCAUAUAAUUGAGAACGACGUGUCGGCCCUGGAGUAAUCACAGAUUUGAACACUGUAGAACCGUAUUAUUCUCAACACCGGAAUUCACCAGCCAUGGAUAGCAAAAUUUCAAGUUGGCUAUAUUGGAAGCGUGUUUGAGUACUGUUUUUGUUGUUGUUGCUUAAGUGUUCCAUGUUUCUAUAACUCUCAAACCUCUGACGUUUUUACUCAAAAUGAUUCAAGCUUCGCAUCCUCUAUCAAACCCAUAGUCAUUUGGAAUGUGUUAGGCCCAUGUCACCUUUGUGUGUUCAACCGAACCAAAGAUGCCUCCAGCCAUGUCCAAAUGCUGCUGUACAGACCUGCCUUCCUGUCCUUCCAAAAACCUUUCCUGCAAGAGACAUGUUGUUUUUAUUUCUGUGUAUGUUUUCCUUGGUUUUGUACAAUUUCUAAUAUUGUUUAAGGUUUUUAGCAACCUACGUUCAAUGAAUUUUCAUUGUAGCUGUCUUUGAGACCUCACACGGUAUCAAUGACCGUAAUGCUAGGUUGCACAUUUUUUUAUUUUGGUUUUCAUCGUUAUUAUAUAUUUUUGUAAAGGAAGAAAACCCCAUAGCGUGCCUCUUAGAUUUAUGGGUUUCUUAAUGUGUUUUUUCCUAAGACCAGCAGUUAUACUUUGUACAAAAGAUGCGUUAAUCCUUAUUUUUAAAUGCCAUUUAAGGAGAAAAAAAAGCCUCUUUUCUUUACUCUGGACCCAGUAGCUGCACUGGCAUACAAUCGCACUGAUAGAUAAAG